CAAGCUAAACUGAUAUACAUAUUUUAUUAGGUACAAGACGCACAACUUGCACCAAAUAUGCAUGAUUUCCGGAACAAAGAAGCCUGGCAACCUUCAUACGUUUCUGACACCAAUUUACAAAGAACUCGAUCUCCUCUCAAGACUUGGUAUUAAAGUUCACACCCGUGAUGGUUUAUUGAUUCGCUCCAAGGUCCAUCUCAUGACAUUCUUAGGCGAUAUCCCUGCUGUUGCAGAUAUCAUCAAUCACUCAGGGCAUACGUCUAGGUCUGGUUGUCGUAUUUGUGUUGUAAAAGGAUCAAGCUCUGAAGGAACCGGUAUGUACAGUACUUUCCUGGUCGCGCAUCACACUGCUCUCUUCGUACUGUUGAACACUUUCGUCAACCUCAACCCUACCUUGGAAUCAGGAUAAGUUCAAUAUCUCUUCUUCAAACAUUCAAUGGAACCAACUUUUUUGGUUUGGAUGAAAUGCAUCUUUUGGGUCCUGGUCUGGCGAAACAAUUGAAAGAUCUUUUUGGUUCACCUAAUGUCAAUGAAAUGAUUCCAGACAGAAACGUUGCUGGUGGCGCAUGGAAAAAGUUCCCCUUC